AUGGAUCAUCUAAUUUCUCUUAUUUCUCCAAUACCCUCUUCAAACAGAUGGUGGUCGGAAGAAACAAUGGCAGUUGUGACCGGAGCAAACAAAGGUAUAGGUUUUGAGGUGGUGAAGAUGUUAUCGAAGCUUGGACUAACCGUAGUCUUAACCGCCAGAAACGCCAAGAAUGGAAGUAUCGCAUCCGAUUCCCUCCGCCGCGAUGGCUUUCAAAACGUUCAUUUCUUUUGGCUCGACGUCUCGGAUCCUUCUUCCAUCUCCGCCUUUGUCUCCUGGUUCCGUCUCAGCUUUGGCGUACUCGACAUUCUAGUGAACAACGCGGCCGUUUCAUUUAACGCGGUCGGCGAAAACUCAAUCAAAGAGCCAGAGACCAUAAUCAAGACCAAUUACUACGGUGCCAAGCUUUUAACGGAUGCACUUUUGCCGUUAUUUCGCCGCUCGGUCUCCGUGGGACGCAUCCUUAACAUUAGCUCAAGGCUUGGCGCAUUAAACAAACUGAGAAACCCUAGUUUAAGACAAACCCUAGAAAGUGAAGAGCUCACGUACGAACAAAUCGAUGCCACAGUCACUCAGUUUCUUGAAGACGUGAGCAAAGGGACGUAUGAGGAGAAUGGAUGGCCGGAAAAUUGGUCGGACUACGCCGUCUCCAAGAUGGCCUUGAACGCUUACUCUAGAGUCUUGGCUCGACGUUACAACGGCAAAAAACUAAGUGUGAAUUGCUACUGCCCUGGUUUCACUCGUACGUCUAUGACAGGUGGUCAAGGGACUCACACGGCGGAAGAAGCUGCCGCAACCAUCGCCACGUUGGUUUUGCUUCCUCCGGAGAAGUUGACCUCCGGCAAAUUUUUCAUGUGCGUGGAGCCCAAUAGGAUUAUUUCCAGGUUGUAA